GGCGACGCUGUUUGGCUGCCGGGGGUAACGGAGCUUUAGGGCUGAGCCGAACGGUACCGGUGGAGUAGGAACUCCCGCCAUUUUUCAACCGAGCCUUCGGCUUCUCGUUUGUUUGUUUUUCCCCCCGUAUCCAUCGAAAUAAAGAAAAAUUAAAGGCGCGAUUCCCCCUGGUUUCUCUACGUGCCGGGAAGGGCCUCUAUUCACCGCGUGAGUAACGCAGUGAGGCGUCCCCGUUUCGCAGGAGGAAGCGCAGCCGGCUGACUGGGGCAGCCCCUGGAGAGGUUCGGCCGGACCGCCCGCGUCAGAUACACCACCGCCUUUCUUAGACCGGAGCGCCAUGGCCCCGGGCGGCUGCACGCCCGGCGGUCGCAGCGCGGCGUCGGUGUAACUGAAACAGGCGUGCUCUCGCUGUUAGUGUCGUUAUUGUUGCUGUCUUGCCGGCUGGGGUCGAGCCGAAGUGACUGCCGCUCUUUGGAUGCUUUGGAGCGCGGCCCCACCGAUCGGCGUUUGAUUUCGGGGUACCGGAGUAACGCCACCGCGCCGUGCCCUCCUGUCAGCGGUGCCGGGUAGGAGGAUUCAACCUGCUGACGACGCAUCAUGGCACCGCUCCUGGGGCGGAAGCCCUACCGUCUGGUCAAGUCGCUGGCCGAGCUGCCAGGCUCUGAAGAAGAGCUCUACAUAAUCCCGCACACCCAGGAGGCCUUCAGGGACAAAGAAGAGUAUGAGGCUCGCCUGCAGAGGUACAGCGAGCGCAUCUGGACCUGCAAGAGCACAGGCAGCGGCCAGCUGACGCACAAGGAGGCCUGGGAGGAGGAGCAGGAGGUGGCCGAACUCCUCAAGGAGGAAUACCCUCUGUGGUUUGAGAAACCAGUCCUGGAGAUGGUUCACCAUAACACUCUUUCCCUGGACAAGCUGGUGGCAGCAUGGCUGGAGAUCUUCACCAAGUAUGCUGUUGAUGAGGAAUGUGACUUUCUGGUGGGGAAGGACAGGAGCCUCAGGGUGAAGGUGGUGGAGGUGCUGCCCCUGGAGGGUGUGCUGGAUGAGCUGGGGGAGAAGAAGGUGGAGGGGGCCUGUGACUCCCCAUCCAGUGAUAAGGAGAACACCAGCAGGGAACAGCUGAAGGUGGAGCUGCAGCCUGAGGAGGAGAGCAGGAGGAGUCACUCCUGUGACCGUGCCCGGCGCUCCCCUAGGAAGCUUCCCACCAGCCUCAAGGAGCACAGGAAGAAGUGGGUCAUGCCCAAGUUCCUGCCGCACAAGUAUAACGUCAAGCUGAUGGACGAGGACCAGCUCAUCAGCAACGUUCCUGCUGACAGCCUCUUUCGCACAGAGAGACCCCCGAACAAAGAGAUCGUGCGGUACUUUAUCAGGCACAACGCUCUGCGCGCGGGUACGGGAGAGAGCGCCCCCUGGGUGGUGGAGGACGAACUGGUGAAGAAGUACAGCCUGCCUAGCAAGUUCAGUGACUUUCUGCUGGAUCCAUACAAGUACAUGGCCGACGUCCCGUCCGGUAAGCGUAAGAGUUUGAGUUUGCCAGAGGGGAGGCCAGAGAAGAAGACAAAGACAACCGACGGGGAGGACACACCUGAGAAGGGGGCGAGGAGGAAGCUGCAGAAGACGACGCCUCAGACACUCCCCCUCGGACCGACAACAUGGGGGCAUGUGCAGAAGAAGGAGAACGGCUCGCCCUUAAAGGUGAAGAAUGGCGGAUCUCCUAAGAAGGAGCACCAGCGGAGGGACAGUGGAGUUCAUGUGUCACAAGCAAAGAGACACGGGAAGAGUGCGGCCAAGGCAGCCGGUGGCCAGAAGAACUCCAGAAAGAGUGAGAGCAAGCCCAAGAUGAAGCAGUUGACAUUGCUGGACGUGACCAAGACCGGUUCUUCUGCAACCCCCAAGAAGUUGAAGAACAGAGGGCCCGGAACUCCUAAACCGGGCAAACCCCUGCCGCCAAUGGCCCUCCACCUGCUCCGCUAUUACCGGGAGAACAAAGACAAAGAGGAGAAGAGGAACGCCCUGUCCUGCCUCAUAUCCAAGGUGGCCAAGGUGCUGACGCCUGAGGACCCGGCCAGGCUGCCCGAGGAACUGCGGGAUGUAGUACAGAAACGCUGGGAGCUCUUGGAGUACAAAAGGCGCUGGGCAGCCAUGACAGAGGAGGAGAAGCAGGACGCCAUGCGCAAGAAGCGGGAGGAGAUCAAGGAGAAGCUGCGUGAACGAGCCAAGGAGCGCCGGGAGAAGGAGAUGCUGGUCCGGAGGGAGCAGCAGCGCCGCUAUGAGGACCAGGAGCUGGUGGGAAAGAACAUCCCCAACUUCAAGCUGGCGGACAUGCCUGACGGGCUGCCCAACGUGCUUUUUGGGGACAUUGCCAUGGUGACAGACUUUCUCAACUGCUACUCUGGCCUGCUGAUGCCUGAGGACCAGCCCCCCAUUACGGCCGCUGCCCUCAUGGAGGCUCUGGCCACCAGACAAGCCGGCUUCCUGUACUUGAACCGUGUGUUGGUGGUCCUUCUGCAGACGCUUCUGCAGGACGAACUUGCCGAGGGCUACAGCGAGCUGGACAUGCCGUUGUCGGAGAUCCCGCUCACCAUGCACUCUGUCUCGGAGCUGGUCCGGCUCUGCCUCCGUCCCAGCGAUGCCCACGAAGAAGGCAGCGGCCAUGGCUCUGAGGACUGGGCGUGGGGCAUCCCGGAUGACACGCUGAGCACCGAGAUGCUGGAGAAGCUGGAGACCUCAGAAGUAUUUGAGCUGAACCCGCAGGAGAAGAUCGGCCUGCUGGUGGCACUGUGCCACCGCAUCCUUCUGACCUACUCGGUGGAGGACCACGUGGACGCCAUGCAGCAGCGCGCGGCCGAGCUCUGGAAGGAGCGCCUGGCCACGCUGAAGGAGGCCAAUGACCGUGUCCGAGCGGAGAAACAGAGGCGCAAGGAGCAGAUGGAGGCUAAGGUGGGGGGCGGUGACUGGGUCAAAGUGGAGGGCGGUGGUGCCGGAGGGGCGGCCAAGCAGGACAAGCGGAGGGAUGGGGGGGCCAAGAAGGAAGGCAGCGGGGGGGAACCGGCGGCCCCAGAACCUCUGCCUGAGGACAUGGUGAGUGCGGUGAGGAGCAGGAGGCUACAGACCAUUCAGGCCAAGAAGGAGAAGGAGGAGCAAGAGCGGCUGAACAAAGAGCGCAUGGAGAAGGAGGCGGGGGAGGAGCGGGUGCGUAAGCGGAAGGCGGCGAUGGAGAGGGCCUUUCAGGAGGGCAUCAGCAAGGCCAAGCUGGUCCUGAGGCGCAUGCCGCUGGGCACGGACCGCAACCACAGCAGGUACUGGCUUUUCUCUGAUGCAGUGCCGGGCCUGUACAUUGAGAAGGGCUGGGUACACGACAGCAUAAACUACAGCUUUACUCUACCCCCUAAAUUGGAGGAGGAGGAGGACGAAGAAGAGGAGGACGACGACGAGGCUGAUAUGCCAGAGAGUAAAGAGGAAUGCAGUACAGAUGGUGGCCAGCAGGGGACAUCGGAGAGCCCUGUUGAAAGUACAGUUCCUAAAAGAGGACAGAAUCUCUGGUUUGUGUGUGACUCCAUAGCCCAGCUGCAGGAGCUGAUGGACAGUUUGCAUCCCCAAGGUGUGCGGGAGAGUGAGCUGAAGAACCAUCUCCAGUACAGGUACCAGGAUAUUCAGCAGUCCAUCAACGCUGCCCAGAAGGCCAGCUCGCAGCAGAAGACCUGUAACAGCCCCCCGGAGCUGCUCCAUUACUUACAGAAUGACGUCCUGGAGGUGGCCUCGCGGCUGCAGAAGGGCGGCCUUGGCGACCUGGAUGACAUUUGCAGGUUUGAGGACAAGGUACGCUCGCUGGUGAGCCUGAAGGACUUUGGGGAGUGCAUCAUUACCCUCCAGGAGAGCGUCUUCGCCAAGUUCCUGCAGGGCUUCAUGGACCCCAAGCAGAAUAAAAAAAAGAAAAGGCAGAAUGGAGAAGAUGGGAGCAAAGCGGAGGAAGCGGAGGAGGAGAAGAGGCUGGCUGACGAGGCAAGGGUGGCGACAGCGGUGGAGAAGUGGAAGGCCGCCAUCCGCGAGGCGCAGACAUUCUCGCGGAUGCACGUCCUACUGGGCAUGUUGGAUGCCAGCAUCAAGUGGGACAUGUCGGCUGAGAACGCGCGCUGUAAGGUGUGCCGGAAGAAAGGGGAAGAUGACAAGCUGAUCCUUUGUGAUAAAUGUAAAAAGGCCUUCCAUUUGUUCUGCCUCCGUCCGGCACUCUACUCCAUCCCGGACAGGGACUGGCUCUGCCCUGGAUGUCAGCCUGCCGUAGCUCGCCGCCAUUCCUACGGAAGAAGCUAUGAAGGAGACUCUGAAGAAGAGGUGGAGGAAGAGGAUGAUGAUGAUGAGGAGGAAGAUGAAAAUUCUGAAGAGGAGGAAGAUGACAAAAAUGAGGAUGAUAAAGCCACAGGGCAUUAUUUGAGGUCAAGGAAGGCCAGGGGCAAGAAGUCCUGCAGCAGGAAGGCGGGCGCCAAGUCCCGUGGCGGGCAGCAGAAGGAAUCCCCCAGCAACGCUGUCGAUAUAGACGAGCUGGUGCAGCAAAACUUCAUGAGGGGGGGGUGUCGACGGGCCCUGGAGCUGGACCGCUGUGAGGAGAUCCUUCAGCGGCUGGUCAAGUUCCGCUACUCCUGGCCAUUCAGGAAGCCGGUCUCUCCUGAUUUGGUUGAGGAUUACCAAGACGUCAUCUCCCAGCCCAUGGACUUCCAGACCAUGCUGUGCAAGUUCUCUGACGGCCAUUACCGGCACAGCGGCGACUUUCUGGAGGACAUGAAGCUGGUGUUCUCUAAUGCCGAGGAGUACAACCCACCUGAAAGCCCCGUGCUCUCCUGCCUGCUGAAAACGGAGCGCGUGUUCGUCGACCUUCUGACCCAGCUGCUGCCGGGACUCGCUUACUUCCGACGCCACAAGCGCGCUUGCCGCAACCGUGGUGACGAGGAGGAGGCCGAGGCAGCACUGGAGGAGGCCGGACGCACUGCCCGACAGGGAAGGCCCAGUGGGAACAAGAGACAGGAAUACGGAGACGGCCUUCGUAAGAGUGGUCAGCGUGGCCUGAGGUCAGAGGAAGAGGAGAGCAGCUAUGAGGAGGAGGACGACGACGGCGGACUGAGGAAGAGCAGGCGGGCUGCUGUCCUGGGCCAAAGGAAGAAUUACCGCGAGGUGGAGAGCGACAGCGAUCCGGAGGAGGUCGUCAUCCACAGGAAACGGGGCCGUGGAAGGCCACCGCGGGACAGCAGACAAGACCAUACCCGGUGCUGGGCGGAGGCAGGAGAUGGUAAAGGGGGCGGGGCCAGCUUACGGCAUUCCAAACGGCAGAAACCAUCUCUGUGAGGUGGGUGGGGACUCUGAAGCUGUCCGAAAGCUUCCCCCUGCUUAAGAUGACCAGCUACAGAACAUUUUCAUUGUGUAUUUUUUAUCAUUAUUUUUAUGUUCCUAUUUUGAAGAAAACCAAUUUAUAUUUGUAAAGUGGUUGUUUUCCAGACAAGAUUUAGAUUUAAGGACAUUUUGGAAACUCCCCAGAUUAUUCUAGUUGGUUUUUCCCCCCCCCCCCCUCCCCUCUUUUGUGCCCCAGCCUGUCUCGGUUUGUAUGUCUUGUAAUUGCAGAAAUUUCAUAGGGGGAGGACUGGUUGGGUUUAACAGCUGUGGGGGGGGGGGUGUACAGCUGUGAAAUCUACAGUUUUGUGCCCCCCGCUACCCCCGUCUUAAAUACUGGCAUGCCACCCCCCAACCCUUCCGGACUGUGCCUGUCCACUUGUUUGGGCACAUGCAGCAGCCCCACAGGGCUUGUCUCUUCGCUGGCCAGUUUUUGAACUCUGACUGCAAAUGACUUGUUUUCAGUCCUGAAACAAGUUUUCGUGCUGUUCUGUGAUGCAGGUAAAGUGCCUCUUCUUCAGUCUUGUUCUCUAGCCAGUGGGUGGUGCUCUAGGUCCGCUGGAUUUCUCUGGAGGCGAUUGGACCUUGAAGCAUGCCCAUCUGCCCAUGUCACCAGUGCCCCCACACACAGCUCCAGUGUGAAAGGUGGUCUGUAGCCUUGACGGCUCUGUCUGCAACAUAGCAAAUCGGCUUGCUGGUGCAUCUCUUACCUCCUCCCCCCUAUGCUUUUCAGGCUGAGGGUUUUUCAUGAAUAUUGAUUUCUGUAUUGUAUACACCUGUUUGCUCACAGGGAGAUGGAUAAAAAGUGUGUUUUACAGAGGAUUUCAAAUCCUCCCCUAUUUGUUUUUCUUUAAUAUGAUCUAAGUUAAAAGGAACGGGCUGGGGUGUCCCCUGUAUCAAGAACCAAAUAAAAAAAUUAAAAUUGUUAAUCUCUG